AUGUCCGUUUACUGGUUCGCGAAACAUGAAAUCCCCAUACGCAAACUUGUACCUCUCCUUCAGCUUUUAGAGAAAGUUGGUGUGACUGAGAUGAAGUAUUUCACUCAUAGAUCAGCUGGCAGUGUAAGAGAGCUCUUUCUCACACUUGGGCAGGUCAUUCUUGAACAGCUGCUUGAGAAAGUACACAGGUCAAAUUUUGUUGGUCUUUUGUGUGAUGAUGUCACCGAUAUUGCAACACUUGAGCAGUUUAUCAGCUUCAUUCAGUUUGUUGACCCUGAUUCUGGAGAGGUUCGCACCGACUUUCUCUUUGUUGAGAAUGCACUGGCCAACAGCAAGUCAGCAGAUGCCCAGACCCUGUUUACCAUUCUGACAUCAAAGUUGCAAGAGCUGAAGAUAACAACAGAGAAAUGCUCCACUUUUGUAAGUGAUGGCAUGAAUGUGAUGCUGGGAGCGCGAUCCGGGCUUGCUACCCGACUAAAGGAAUUAAACCCGACCCUUAUCAGUGUACACUGUAUUUGCCACAAACUUGCCCUGGCUUGUGCCGAUACAAGCAAAGAUCUAGAUUACAUUGCUGGGGUAGAACGCGACCUUAGAACAUUUUGGAAGGCAAUGGAAAAUUCCCCAAAGAGAACAAAUAUGUAUCUCUCCGUACAAGAAGAACUCAAGUCACUGAGAUUGCAAGACCAGAACAAGAAGAUCGUGGCAAGGAGGCUGAAGAAAGCCUGUCAUACAAGAUGGCUGUCCAUGGGUCAGGCAGUGGACGCUGUUUACCGAGACCUUGAAGCUGUUCUUCGCACCCUCCAGUCUCUUGAAAAGGAGGACACAGUGGCAUGUGGACUUCUGACGAAGAUGCAUAAGCCAAAGUUCAUUGGUUGCAUUUACAUCUUUCAACACGUGCUCCCCAUAUUGAACCAACUAAGUAAGACAUUCCAGAAAGGUAGUGUGAACUUCAGCCACAAUGGACCAGCAGUUGAACACGCUAAACAGAAACUUCAAACCAUCUCCAGUGACGCCCUACCAGUUAAGCAACUGCAGGAGGACUUCAAACCUGGUGGUAGGCUAUCAAGGAUUGAUCUCGCACCAACUGAGCAUCAUUUUGUAGAAAUGGACAGACUGCUUAAGAAGUAUGUCACUUCUCUGAUAACGAACAACGACAAUCGUUUCAAGGCAUUAAUACCAGUGUUGAAAGCAUUCUCCAUUUUUGAUGUCCUGGCUAUACCCUCCAUCAGAAGCCCAGGGUUUAAGGAGUAUGGAGAUGAUCACAUUAAGUCGCUAUCAAAGCAUUUCUUUGCCGAAAGGGAAACGGAAGAGAAUGACCAGGCUAACGUCAACGCUGAAAAGCUCAAAGCAGAAUGA